AUGGAUUGGAGGGCUUCUGAGAAUGAUCCAUGCAAGCAAGUCUUUGCUAAUCGAUCAGUAUAUCUUCAAAAAAUUCGAUAUUAUGGAUUUGAUAUGGAUUUCACAUUAGCAAUUUACAAAUCACCAGAAUAUGAUAUCUUGCUCUACAGCAAUAUUAUCAAUCGUUUGAUACUACUCGGUUAUCCUGAACAAUUACGUUGUUUUCCAUAUGAACAAGAUUUUGUUAUUCGUGGUUUAUGGUUUGAUCGAACUUUUGGUAAUUUACUAAAAGUUGAUGGAUUUGGUAACAUUCUGGUUGGAAUACAUGGCUAUAAUUAUCUUCGUCGAUCGGAUAUCAAGAAGCAUUAUCCGAAUAAAUUCAUCUCAUUGCGACAUUUGGAAAAUGUCCUGGUGAUGAAUUCAUUAUUUGAUAUAGCUCAUACCUAUGUACUUACUACACUUAUUCAUUAUUUCGACAAUCACAAAAACUAUGAAAGAACCAGUGAUGGCACAGGUGUUCGAAACGGUGAUACAAUAAUAUCCUAUAAAUCGCUUGCUGAAGAUGUUUUAAGCGCCGUCAAUUAUGUUCAUAAUGAUAGCUCACUAAAAAAUGAUGUUUUGCAAAAUUUGGACAAAUAUAUUAUCAAAGAUAAUCGAAUCAAACCGCUUCUGCAAUUAAUUAAUGCUCAUGGAGGACGAACAUUUCUCCUAACUAACAGCAAUUAUAGUUAUACUAAUGGAGUAUUAAGCUAUUUGAUUGGAUCGGAUUGGACAUCAUAUUUUGAUGUUUCAAUUGUUGAUGCAAAAAAACCAUUAUGGUUCAUGAAAGGUACCGUUUUUCGACAAAUUGACACCGAAACAGGAGCGCCUAAAAUUGGAGUACAUCAAGGAUUACUUAAAAAGGGUGAUGUUUAUGCUGGCGGAAAUUCAGAUGAUUUUCGUCGACUAUUUAAUGCUCGUGACAGAGAAGUAUUAUAUAUUGGUGAUCACAUCUUUGGUGAUGUACUUAAAUCAAAAAAAACAAAAGGAUGGCGUACAUUUCUUGUGAUACCUGAACUUGUAAAAGAAAUAUCCAUUUGGUCACAACGGCAUGAUUUAUUCGAAAAAGUGGUCGAAUUAACUAAACAAGUUGAAGCGAUGUACAAUCAAAUAAAUAUUACUUCUGCUCAAUCAAUUAUUCAAGAAGGAAACAUUCAAAUUCGGGAAAGAACUCAAGAAAUGGAUAAUUAUUAUAGUAAAAUGGGUUCGCUAUUUCGAAGUGGACCACGCACUACAUUUUUUGCAUCACAGGUGGAACGAUUUGCAGAUCUUUAUUCUUCCAGUUGUUAUAAUUUACUUUACUAUCCACUUUUCUACUUUUUUCGUGCUCCAAUGACUUUAAUGCCACAUGAAGUGAAUGCCGACAAAUGUAUUCGCGAAAAGAAAGCACCGUUAGCAUCAAGCGGGACUAGUCGAAGAAAACAUUUUCAUUCAGGAAAGGAUAAUGAAACAAUACCACAUGUUCAGGAUGAUACCCCAGCAACUACUGAAGAAGAAAUUUUAAAUGAAGUGAACAGUGAUGAACAGACAUCUUCAGAAUCACAAUAA